CCUGGCUGGGGCAGGACGAUCAACGGACUGGCGUGCAUUCUGAACGACUCCACGAUUUUCGUCCAUGAAAUCGCGAAAGAUGCAGAGGUCCGCGACGACCGAUCCAAAACACGAGGCACAGUUUGUCGGAGAAUGAUGUCGUAGCAGCGAGGUCGUGGAAGCGAGGCACGAAUAAUCGUGAAAGGUGGACGUAGCAACGGCAGCGGAAAUAGUUUAAUCGCUUGUACUAAGACACAGCACUGCGUGUAAAAAUGUCGAAACGACCCCCAGAUAAUGGGGACUCCAGUUCCCAACCACCUAUAAAGAAGGUACAGUUUGAACCGAUUCUAAUUGGACCCAUAUCUACUCUUGAAGAAAUGGACAUGAAGGUUUUACAGUUUCAAAAUAAAAAGCUGGCACAGAGAUUGGAGCAAAGGCAUAGAAUGGAAGCUGAAUUGAGACAACGUAUUGAACAAUUAGAGAAACGUCAAAUGCAGGAUGAUGCAGUACUUAAUGUAGUUAAUCGAUAUUGGAAUCAACUCAAUGAAGAUAUACGUGUAUUAUUACAGAGAUUCGAUGCUGAAACUGCCGAUGAAUCUGAAAAUAAAAACGAGAGUGAGGCUACAACGUCAUUUCUAAUGCAAUUAUCUUCCUGGGAUAAAGAGGAAUUGGAUGACAAAUUAGCAAAUCGUGUACAGGUAUCAAAACGAGCUGUGUCUAAAGUUGUACAGGCAUUUGAUCGUUUAUCUCAGAGAAAUGAAAAAAUCACUCUUGCACUUAAAGGAGAAUUUGAUGGCGAAGAGGCACCGAACAUUGACGAAGUCGUACGUCGUGCCAAUGCGGAAAUACAAAUGGAAAACAGAAAUCUGCAGGCGAUAAAUAUACAAUUGCAUGAAAAAUAUCAUACUAUCUCAUUGAAGAUGUCAGAAUUGCAAGAUACAAUAACAGGGAAAGAUACGCUUGCAGCAGAAUUACGAAAUCAAGUCGACGACCUGCAAUACGAAUUGAACAAAGUACGAGCGAGAAAUGAUAAAUUGGAACAUCAUCUUGGAGAAGCAGUCGAAAAAUUAAAAGCUUUUCAACAAAUUCAUGGCACUGAUGAGAAAGGCAGUAAUAAACCGAAUACUUUUGUUGCAUCUAGUGUUUCUCAGACUAAG